AUGUCUGUAGUGUUCUCUACAUGUCCUGAUGUUUUUGGGAUCAAUGUAUACCCUUGGACACCUCUCUUGGAUGUGUUGUACCCUGGUCCCCAUGCAAUUUUAUUGCCAGUCAUAAUACACUCCCUGGACACUGCUUAUAUCCUCCUCUCAUUGUCCUUGGGCCCUCUGCCCAUAUUCACUUCACUCAGUGUUUUUUCGACCAGAGAGAAAUGGGUUGAGGCCCAGAGGACAAGGUGGAGGACUCAUGUUACCUCUGCAUGGAAUGGUGGAAUACUCGAGCUCGCUGUGUGCAACAGCGAGCACGAAAGUUUCGGCAACGUGUGGAGUGGUGUGAGCAAGUGA